CCUCCUCGCAUGUUCCGGUCCAAACGGGCCGGGCUGGUGCGGCGCCUGUGGAGGAGCCGGCUGCCGGCCGCCCCCGACGACCACGACGGCGACGGCGGGAGCCCCGCGCUGAGCCACCGCCGCGGCGCCCUCCAAGAGCCGCCGGCCGGGCCAGCAGGGCGCAUGGCGCGCGGAGGAGCAGGAGGAGGCGGCGAGGGCCAGCAGGGCGACUCGGCGGCGCCGGAGGAGGAGGCGGCGGCGGCGGCGGCGGCCGAGGAGGAGGAGGGCGAGGAAGAGGAGGAGGAGGAGGAGGAGGAGGAGGAGGGCCGGGCGGUGUCCUGCUGCCUCUUCGCCGAGCGGGGCCUCCCCGACGCCUGUGCGGCGCCCCUGGACGGCCGCGGCGGGCCGGCGCUGCUGGAGCUGGAGGCCGGCGCCUACGCGCUGCUCAAGCGCCUCAAGGAGCGCUCGCUGGCCAGCCUGCUGGAGGCCGUCGAGUCCCGCGGGGGGCUGCCCGGCGGCUGCGUCCUGGUCCCCCGCGCGGGCACGACUACCCCGCCGCCGCCCCUCCUGCUGGGCCGGCUCUUCCGCUGGCCCGACCUGCGCCACCCCGGCGAGCUGAAGCCCCUCUGCGAGUGCCGCGCCUCCCUCGGCCGGCCCGACGCGCCCACCGUGUGCUGCAACCCCUACCACUUCAGCCGCCUCUGCGGGCCAGAAUCUCCACCCCCUCCUUAUUCUCGGCUAUCUCCGAACGACGAACAAAAGCCGUUGGAUCUUUCCGAUUCCACAUUGUCCUACACUGAAACAGAGGCCACGAACUUCCCCCGUGUCACGCCCAGAGACUUCUCAGGAACUCAGCCGUGUGAACUACAUCCCGGACUCCAAGGUCUCUCUGGAGAAAUGGCACCAGAAUAUAAGCUCUUCCCUCCCCUCUGGAACAGGACAGAAACCACAUUUUUGCCCAUUGUCGCUACUCUCUUCGAGUGGGGGAAAGACCCCCCCCCCAAAAAAAACCCAAAGCAGAUGGCCCCCGCAUUCAGUCCCUGGAAAAGACCCCUACCCCAAAUGAGAGCGGCUGCCAGUUGGGACUCCAAGAACAGGGCUGCCUCCAGGGAACUUCUGGAGAUCUUCCAGACCUUAGAGAUCAUUAACCCUGGGGAAAUUGGUUGCUUUGGACAGGGAAUUCUGUAG